AUGGCGAGCGGUCGAAUGUCCAUGUACUCGGUGGCCUCCGAGGGCAUGGGAGGUCCUCGUUCCGGCCAGCAACCCUCGCAAUUUUCCACCACGACCCUCCUCAAUGCCAUUCACAACAUCUACCUGUCCCAACAACCCUUCAACCUGGACGCUGGCACCAGCCUCGUCGUCAACACAUGGCUUACCGCAGCACAGACCGGACCGGACGGGAGAACAGGAGGCACCAUAGAUCCUGCCCUCGGUGCCAGAGCAUGGGAACAUGCUCGCCGUCGUGCUGAGGAUGGCUGCAUUAUCCUCGGCUCCCUUCACACGUCGAGUCCCUCGGUCCUCACGCCCUUCCUAUCAUCUCUCCCGCUCUCUAUCCCGUCAUCCGUCUACAGGUCACUUGAGGCCAUCCAACCUUUCCUGAGAUGCUCUACCCCCUACAACCCCUCCACUCCUAGACAGUCUGCCCUCGGCGUCACCUUGACCCUUGACCUGGCCGGUAACUUCCAAGGAGCCGCCAUCGCCCUAUCCCAGGGUGGCAUCGAUACUGCCAAGGGCCUGCUCAACAUCCCCUCUGAGCCAGGAUACCGCGCCUUUGACGUUUUCUACUACCUGUUGACCUCGGUCUCGACUCCCGCCGAGAGAGAGUUCCUGGGUCUCAAACCCGCCUCCAGCUAUGCGUUGCUGGCGAGAUCCGGCACAUACGACCCGCCAUCCUACCUCCCCACCGCUGAUGAUGCCGCCUCGGCCGAUGAUUUCAGGACCGCCCUCAAGGACAUUGGCAUUAAGGGCUCUGCUUACCGUAACCUCAUUUCCACCCUUGCCGGCUUGCUCAAGCUCGGGGACACGCUCGACUACAAUCUGGACGAGGACGUCUUUGACGAAAUCUGCGAGGAUGUCAGCGGCUUGCUGGGAAUGGAUCCUGAGACUCUCGCCACGCAGUGUACAACGCAGGACAGGUCAACGCUGGUUGGCGGUCUUUACGAGGCAUUGGUCGAUUGGGUCAUCUCCAAGGCCAACGAGGCGAUUUCAGCGCAGAUGACGCGUAUCAGAGAUGGGACUGAGUCAAUCGCAGGUGGUGCUCGCACACCUACUUCCCACGGCGAUGGCGACACCGUCUGUGUCACCAUCUUGGAUGUUCCUGACCCAACCCUGGGUAAGGCGUUGGCCAUGCGUGGUAUCUUUGACGACACCGUGGGCAUCAACUCCGAGAUGAUCGCUGACGGCGUGGAGGCUUCUCCCGCCGGCAGCACCGUUGUGCGUGAGAUGCAGACAGCCAUUGCGGAAGUUGGCCAUGAGCUUGGCAUCAUGACCGGUGCUGCCGGCAAGGACCGUCAACACGCGCUGGAGAAGCGCGAAGAGGUCCUCGAAAAGAUUGGACACUCUGCUGACGAUGACGCAUUCCUCAAGAAGCUGCUCUUCCCGGUCGCCGGCCAGGGCAUUAACCUGGGGCUUGUUGGACGUCUUGAGCUCUCGUCCCUUCUCGGCUCCAGCCGUGUGUGGUACCACCUUUCCAUCCACCCAACUGACGACUCUCCGGCCAGCUUAGCCGCUCUGCCCUCUGUGAACUCUGCCUGGUCUGCCGGCACAGUGUCUCGCCAGCUGCGUUCCUGGAGGUUGCCAGAGUGGGCCAACAGGCGGAACAAGAACCUGGACUUUACCGCCGACUUUGAUAUCGACGAGUUCGUCCAGCGAUAUGCCGCUCUAGGCUGCCAAGAUGGCCGCGAGGGCAUCGAAACGUGGAUUCUUGAACGCGGAUGGACCAACGGUGAAGUCGUCGUCGGCAAGGAGCGUGUGUGGACACGUGAGAGCGCCUGGUGGGAGGCGGAGAGCAUGCUCGACAUGAAACCCCUCGACAACAACCUCCCUGGCAUGGGCAAUGUCCUGGCAGUAAACAACCUCGAAUCCGGCUACUCAGCAAACGGCAGCGGUUACUUCCCGACGCCCAUCCUGGACACGACUCCCAACGGUAGCCGCGAUCACCUCAUUGCGCACCAGCGCAACGCCAGCCAGGGUAACCUCUCCCAGCACACCCUCGCUCACAACGCUGCGAUGCGUGCCCCGUCCGUGGCUCCUUCGGGCAUGCGCACCGUCCAGAAUGGAGACUACGGUCUCGGCACCAAGGGUGAUACCUACAAGGGUCAAGUCUUUUACAACAACGAUGGCGAGUUUGUUGGUCAGAUGGACCCCGAGAUUGCUGACGGCAAGCACGUCGAGGAGAAGACGAUAGACAAGGACCGCCGCCUCUGGGUUGCCAUUGUCUGGUUCUGGACCUUUUGGAUCCCGUCCCCGGCGUUGCGCAUCAUCGGCCGCAUGAAGCGUCCCGAUGUGCGCAUGGCCUGGCGUGAAAAGCUCACCCUCGUCUGGUUCAUCGUCCUCAUCAACGCCUGCAUCGUCUUCUGGAUUAUCGCCUUCGGCAAGCUCCUGUGCCCCAACUUUGACAAGGCCUGGGAUAGCACCGAAGUCGGCAAGCACCAAGGUGAGAAUGAUUACUACGUCAGCUUCCGCGGCGGUGUCUACGAUGUCUCCAAGUUCUGGAAGACGCAACACUCCGAUACCAACAUUGAGACGACCAAGGACAACAUGAUCCAAUUCGCCGGUUUGAACAUGGAUGACUACUUCCCGCCCCCUCUUACUCUGGUGUGCCCCGGUCUCGGUAUCGCUACGACCACCACACUCCUGGCCAACAACACCCCCGAGUUCACCAUCGGCGUCCACAAGUCAGGCCCUUUGGCAGACGACCGUACGAGCGCGCUCGGUGACAUUGAUUGGUACAGCAAGAAGCUGUUGCCCCGCAUGAAGGAAUUCUACAAGGGCGACCUCGUCUGGGACAAGGGGCACGUCGAGUCGGAUGGACAAGACAAUAGCCACAUGUGGGUGAUGUACAACGGCGGAGUCUAUGAUUUUACCAACUACUACCACACCCAGAGCGUUUUCAAGCAGGUCGACACGUACAAGUUCCUCAACACCAAGAUGAUGAGCGCUGUCGAGAAUAACCCUGGCGAAGACAUAACGGACAACUGGAACACCAUCAUCAAAGCCGCCGCUAGCAACACAACCGAAAACGCAAGCGUCCAGAACAGUCUCAACUGCGCUAAGAAUCUCUUCUACGUGGGCAUUCCAGACUUCCGCAACUCCGCCAGGUGCCAGACCAACAACUACAUCAUGUUGGCAAUGACCAUUAUUCUUUGCGCCGUCAUUCUCAUCAAGUUCUUGGCCGCCUUGCAGUUUGGUUCCAAACGUCGUCCCGCUCCGCAAGACAAGUUUGUCAUUUGCCAAGUACCAGCCUAUACCGAAGGCGAAGACUCGCUGCGGAAAGCGCUCGACUCCCUGACGGCCCUCCAGUACGACAACAAGCGCAAGCUUAUCUGCGUCAUUUGCGAUGGUGUCAUUGUCGGUGAAGGCAACGACCGUCCUACUCCCAAGAUUGUCCUGGAUAUCCUCGGCGUUGACCCCAAGGUUGACCCGCCAGCGCUACCCUUUAAGUCUGUUGGCACGGGCAGUGAGCAACUCAACUACGGCAAGGUGUACUCUGGUCUGUAUGAGUUUGAAGGCAACGUCGUCCCCUACCUCGUCAUCGUCAAGUGUGGAAAGGAAUCGGAGCAGAGCAAGGCCAAGCCCGGUAAUAGAGGCAAGCGUGACUCCCAGAUCUUGCUGAUGAGCUUCCUCAACCGCGUCCACCAUCGUUCCCCCAUGUCACCGCUCGAGUUGGAAAUGUUCCACCAGAUCAACAACAUCAUCGGCGUGGACCCCGAGCUGUACGAAUACUUGAUGAUGAUUGACGCCGAUACUUGUGUCAGAGAAGACUCGCUCAACAGACUGGUUUCCGCCUGCGCCAACGACGCCAAGAUUGCCGGUAUUUGUGGCGAGACUGGUUUGCAAAACGACGACAAGUCCUGGUGGACUAUGAUCCAAGUCUACGAGUAUUUCAUCUCCCACAACCUGGCCAAGGCUUUCGAAUCUCUCUUCGGAUCCGUCACCUGUUUGCCUGGAUGUUUCACCAUGUACCGUCUGCGCACCGUCGACAAGGGCAGGCCACUCAUCAUCUCUGACAACAUCAUCCGUGACUACUCUGUGUGUGAUGUGGAUACGCUCCACAAGAAGAACCUUUUGUCACUUGGUGAGGAUCGUUACCUGACUACGCUGAUGACAAAGUUCUUCCCGUCCAUGAAGUACAAGUUCAUCCCCGACGCGUACUGCCAGACUGCCGCCCCCGAGUCGUGGAGCGUUCUGCUGUCCCAACGUCGUCGAUGGAUCAACUCAACCAUCCACAACUUGUUCGAAUUGAUGCAACUCAAGGAAAUGUGUGGUUUCUGCUGCUUCAGCAUGCGCUUCAUCGUCUUCGUUGAUCUCUUUGGCACCAUCAUUCUCCCGGCGACAACCAUCUAUAUUGUCUACCUAAUCUACCUCGUGGCCAGUGGCACCGGACAAUUCCCCAUCAUCUCGAUUAUUAUGAUUGCCGCGUCGUACGGCCUUCAAGCUCUCAUCUUCAUCCUGAAACGACAGUGGCAGCACAUCGGAUGGAUGGUCAUCUACAUCUUGGCCUUCCCCAUCUACAACUUUGCUCUCCCCAUCUACUCCUUCUGGAACCAAGAUAACUUCUCGUGGGGUAACACCCGUAUUGUCAUUGGAGAAAAGGGUAUGAAGAAGCUCGUCGCCGUGGACGACGAAGGCUUCGACCCCCGCAGCAUUCCCCUGCAACGCUGGGACGACUACGCCAUGAUGAACAACCUCCCCGGUCGCCGCGGCGGCUACAUGGAGAAGGCUGACAUGGGCUACGACGACCAGUACGAGAUGGAUGAGAUCCGCUCCGUCUACUCGUCCGUCCGCCAGGGUUCUGUCCUCACCGGCAUGAACCGUAACAACCACUACGUGCCGCCCCAGUCCCCCGCCCCCUUUGGCGGCAUGGCGAGGGCGUCGGGCGCUACGAGCCCCUACCACCACGACCAGGCCAUGGCCAACAGGCAAUCGAUGGCGUCGCUGGGCACCCAUGACAUCAAUCGCGGGCAUACGCCCUUCCAGGACUUCCCCAGCAGCCGCCCGAGCGUCUCUAACCUUCGGGGCCAGGCCAACAUCUCGCCCGGGCUUGGCGCCAACCGCUCGCAGUCGGCGCUGGGCCUGAACCGCCAGGCGGGCGCCGCGCAGUCGACGUCGUCGUUUGACUUCCAGCGCGGCAACAUGCAAGGGCCCGAUGACGGUAUGAUUAUCGAUGCUAUCCAGGGCGUCCUCCGCGAGGUCGACCUUGACACCGUGACGAAGAAGCAGGUACGCGCCCUGGUCGAGCAGAGGCUGCAGACUGGUCUCGUCGGCGAGAGGAGGACGUUCAUGGACAGACAGAUUGACAACGAGCUGGCCAACAUGUGA